AUGUGGGAGACAGGGGAUUCUGUGCUGCUGUUGCUUUUCUUUUUCUUCUUUUUUUCCUCUCUCCUCCCCUCGCGCACACAUACACGCAUCGUCGCCGGCGUACGUUGUACGACUUUGCAAGAGGAGAAGGCAAGCGAGCGAGCGAACGAGCGAGCGAACGAGCGAGCGAUCGCCGACAAGGGGUUACAUGGAAGAGAGGAAGGGAAGGAGGGUCUUUCGAUUGCUCGGCGAGCGUUGUCGCUACCUGCCUGGUCUGGUAUGGGCUGUAUGAAGUUGCUGCUAUUACUGCUGCUGCUUGCAUGGCAUCGCAUCCACACACACAUAUGCACAUGCACGACGGCGCACGCGCUCGCACACACGCAGACGCACGGAAAUAGUCUCCUUGUUGUUGUAACUGCUCACUUGCUUCCUCCUGCUUCCUCAUCUUCUUUGCUGUUUUCUUUCUUCUUCUUCCCUACUACUGCUGCUGCUGCUGCUACUACUACUACUACUACUACUACUACUGCUGCUGCUUCUUCUUCCGCUGCUACUACUUCCGCGUCUCUUGCUUCUGCUUCUGCUGCUACUUCUACUUUUGGAUGGAAUGGAAUGGAUUGGCUGAGGCAGAGGGGCGCCACAUCUGACGGCGAGAGGAGGGGAGAGAGACAGAGAAAGCCGGGGUGUGCGUGGCGGUCGGUGUAUACGUGGCGAAGGCGGAGUAGGGAGUAG